AUGUCAUCUCCCGCAUGUUCAGCCGCAGGCAGUGCAACCGUGUUAGAUCAUUCAGAUGAUGUUGAAUCAACCCUGUCUGCCCUGUACGAGGAGCGACCGCUGCUGGACUCGACGGAUGAAAUCUGGUUACCACCCAAAGGAUUUCUUUGGGUCCAGAUCGCUAUCAUGUCGAAUGUCUUUCUCUCUGGAUUCGAUGGCACCAUCACGGCCUCGACGUACGCGGUGAUUAGCUCGGAAUUCAACGCCGCCAACACUGCGUCGUGGCUCACAACCUCUUACCUUAUCACUAGCACCGCCUUUCAGCCUCUGUACGGUCGCUUUUCCGAUAUAUUUGGCAGGAGAGUGUCCUUUUUCACCGCCACCAUUACGUUCGUUAUUGGUUGUUUGGGUUGUGGUAUUGCCGACGAUAUUGUCUUCCUGAAUACGAUGCGGGCGUUGACGGGAAUUGGCGGCGGUGGUCUAAUGACUAUGGCUACAAUUGUCAACUCCGACCUCAUCCCGUUCAGACGUCGGGGUAUGUAUCAAGCUCUGCAAAACGGCAUGCAUGGCUUCGGCUCCAUCUGUGGUGCGUCGUUUGGUGGCUCGAUUGUUGAUACGGUUGGAUGGAGAUGGUGCUUUCUGGUGCAGGUGCCUGUAGGGCUAUUCGCAUUGAUUACAGGACAUCUUGUUCUGCAUCUUCCGCGGCAUAACCAAACUUUUGGACAAGGGCAGGGUUUUCGGGCGGUACUGCGACAUGUCGAUCUAUCAGGAGCUUUGCUGCUCAUUCUUGGCCUUUCAAGCCAGCUUGUUGGCCUGAGUCUGGGUGGAAAUGAGCUUCCAUGGUCGAGCAUUUGGGUCAUCCUCUCACUCGUGGCUAGCUUGCUCCUUUUGGGCUUGUUCGUGCUCGUCGAAGAGAAGACGCCGGCAAUUCCUUUGAUCCCGUCAAGAAUGCUCCGUGGGGCCAUGCCUGUAUCCACUCAAAUUGCCAAUGUCUGUGUUGGAAUGGCUGCGUAUGCAUUUCUCUUCACCCUCCCGCUCUUAUUUCAGGUGAUACUGUUAGACACGCCUACCAAAGCCGGGGCAAGACUCGCUAUUCCUUCCUUGGCCGCUCCCAUUGGCAGCCUGAUCUCUGGUGUCGUCAUGUCCCGCUGGGGCAGAUUGGCAUACCUUGUGCGUGCAGGGUGCUUACUGAUGUGCAUUGGAAAUCUGCUCGUGAUGUCUAUCAAAUUCCACGAUGCUGGGUGGAAAUACCUCACCUACGUGAUUCCAGCCAGUCUUGGCCAGGGGAUCGUCUACCCCGGAAUCUUGUUUACGUUUCUGGCUGCAUUUGACCACACCGAUCAUGCGGUAUCUGCAUCCACUGUCUACCUAAUUCGGUCUCUAGGGACUGUCUGGGGCGUUGCCAUCACCUCAGCCAUUAUUCAGAAUACAUUACGCUCAGGCCUUUCGAAGGCCUUGAGUGGAAUACCAGACAAAUGGAAAAUUAUCGAGCAGAUUCGACACUCCGUUUCCGCCAUACAGGACCUGCCCCCUGACAUUCAGAUGGCUGCGCGACUGGUUUACUACAGAGGUAUCAGAUUGUCCUUUGCUGCGUCUGCUGGCUUCGCACUUCUUGCGACCAUUGCUGCGUUGUUUUCCAAAGGUAAGGGGUUGCACCGGGGCUCCGCAUGA